GCCACCGUCAGCCGGUCAGGUGACCGCACGGGAAAUUUGUGCAAAGGAAAGUGUCCAGGAGACGCAGCUAUGUCUCGGAUAAAUGAUCGACGUCUCGUAUGCUUACAGCGGCUUCGACAUCGGGUCUAGCUCACGCUGGAAUCGGGUCUCUAGACUAGGCCGUUCGGGAGAGAUUACGAGCUUUACAUCGAGUCGUCCGAAGCGGCGCUGACGCCAUGCUCGCCACGGUGGCCGCUGCGGUCGCGCUGGCUCAGUACAAUGACACGGCGUCACCGGCGCCACCGGAGAACACGUCGGCGUUCCCGACCUUUCAGCCCGACGGCCAGGCCAACAUCAGCAGGCCUCACAAAUGCCUGCAGGUCCUGUACGAGGAUAUUGGAGAGUCCAGGGUGCGCUUCUGGGACAUCUUGCUGCUGGUGCCUAACGUGGCCUUCUUCGUGUUCCUGAUGUGGAAGCUGCCCUCGGCGAGGGCCAAGAUUCGCCUCACCUCCAGCCCCAUUUUUGUCACCUUCUACUUUCUGGUGUUUGUUGUCGCAGCAGUUGGAAUCACUCGCGCUAUUGUGUCCAUGACUGUCAGCGCGUCCAGUGCCGCCACCAUUGUGGACAAAGUGCUGUGGGAAAUCACCCGCUUCUUCUUGCUGGCUAUUGAGCUCAGCGUCAUCAUCCUGGGACUCGCCUUUGGCCACCUGGAGAGCAAGUCCAGCAUAAAGCGCGUGUUGGCGAUCACUGCCGUGUUGGCCCUGGCGUACUCUAUCACACAGGGAACGCUGGAGAUACUGUACCCUGACAGUCACCUGUCCGCCGAGGACUUCAACAUCUAUGGGCACGGAGGACGGCACUUCUGGUUAGCCAGUUCCUGCUUUUUCUUCCUGGUUUACUCUCUGAUUGUCGCCCUUCCUAAAACUCCAGUGAGGGAAAGGAUAUCGCUGCCGUCUAAAAGGAGCUUCUACGUGUACGCAGCCAUCCUGUCUUUGCUGAACUUCGUCCAGGGCUUGGGCAGCGCUCUGCUCUGUGCCGGGAUCAUCGAAGGACUCUGCUGCGUGGAUGUCACCACCUUCCUGUAUUUUUCUGCCUUUGCUCCGCUCAUUUACAUCACAUUCCUCAAGGGAUUCUUUGGUUCAGAACCAAAGAUCUUGUUCUCCUACAAGUCGCAGGUGGACGAGCCGGAUGAAAGCGACGUCCACCUCCCUCCGACCAUCGCCGCCACCCUUGGCCGCAAGGACCUCACCGACCAGGGCCUGUACUACUCUUCCACGCAGAUCGAUGGCGCCGGCCCCGGCAGCUCCCGCAUGGUCGGCGCCUACUUGGACGACGUUGCGUCGGGACCCUAUGGGUCAAGCAGCAUCAACAGCAUUGAAGCUGACCGUUGGAGACCCAUCAAUGUGUGAAAGGGCGGACGGCUACGCAGCCGAAGCCCGGUGUGGAUAACGGGCGUUUGGCAGGACGGGGAUCAGAGCAGUGCUGCUGAGCCAGUUGGCUGGACGCCGAUGAAGUAUGAUCUUGGGUCUUUCUUUAAUGCCGGAAAAGCUUAAACAAAUGGACUCUUAAACAGAGACGUUUGCUUAUCCGUUUGUGAAGGACAGAGUUGUUGCUUUUGGAACAGUGUUGCCAGAGUGUGCCGCUGCUGUGGCUCCGCGCCGAGGCCGCUGCCCCCGAUGCUCUCUAUUGAUUCUGCUCCACAGACCCUGCGACGUUGACUGCUUAGCAACUUGUCUCAGCACAUUCCCUCCAACUCCAGCACCAAAAGUCAACUCCCCUAUCCUUAUUUAUGCAGUUGGAGCCCUGUUUUUAAAUGGCCAAAUCUGAAAAAAAUAAAUAAAUCUUAACAUUCUAUUUGAUAACACAGCUACGUUCUCGCUGAAAGGUUCGAGGACCAGCAUAUGAAGGAGUCCGUGUGUCGUCUUCUUCGUAACUGAGCUGGCUGAAUUGGGUGUUUGUGUUUUUUCGGGCACAAGCGUCAGCGGUUUGUAAUCUAAUAUAUAUAUUUGCUUUUCUAAGUUUAAAAAUGAGAAACCACAUAGCAGCUCCUAAAAGGCAAGCAUUAGAAGACCACGGAUCAAAUGAGGAGCAGGAACAAUUCUGAAAAGAAGUUGUAUUUCAUUGAGAAUCUUUGUACCGUUUGAUUGUGUUCAUACUUUAAAACGUCUGCCUUUGCUUUGUGUUUUUUUUUUUUUUUUUUUUUUUUUGUACAAGAAAGGAGAAAAAAAAAACAUUCCUGCCUCUGCAAAGACACCUAAUGGCUUCAGACUUUGUACCGAAGUCAUUAUGUGUGACCUAAUCUGCAAAUCUGCUUCUGCUUGUUGGCAGGCGUUCCUGUGGGUUCUCGCUUUCAUUUUCUUUGCAGAAUUUGUAGUUUUGUGUCUUUGAAGAGGCUGGCUGGCGAUGCCGUUUAUUUGGUGUGUUUAAUGCAGAACCGGUUGUUAUGAGACCAGAAACAAUAUUGCUCAGUCUUAACGUAUUUAAGGUAUAAGUCUUGUCAGGUAAUUAGAGCCUCUGAUUUGCAGUAAGCAAAGAAAAAUUAUAAUGUGUGCAAUUUCUUCUUUUUUUUAAAUUAAGAAAAACAGAUCAGUUAAUUUCAGGGGUAAUUCUUUAAUUUCCCGUGUCUUUAAAAGAAAAUCUUCUACCAUCAUUCGUGUGUUUGAAUCACAUCACAUGCCAACCAGCCAUGGAGCAUAAUUCCAGUUUUCCCGUAAAAACCACAGCGUUUCCAAAUUAUAACUUGCAUAUUCCAGUUUUAUUGUGUUGUAGUGAUUUGUACUCUGAAAUUAUUGGGUUAUUUAUGUAAAGCAACACAGUGCAGAGUGUUUUUGGAAAUAUUUGCCUGACCUUGAAACCCCUAAUGUGCAAUGAUAAUUGCUGCUGAAUGAUUUUUGACUCGCUCGGAAAACAGGCGUCUCAAGGUCCCCCCUCUCUCCCCCAACAUAAAACAAGGCAUCAUGAGGAAUCCACAUUAUUUUCCUACACCAAAUCUUUCAUAGUGAAGUUCUGCAGGUGGUGCUUUAAUUACAGUGUGUUGGCCAUUCCAUGUGCUGCAAAAUAAACUUGACUCUUUCUUC